AUGAGAGUUUCUUAUUUUAUAUUUUUAUUAUUUUUCUGUUAUACUGAACCCCAAGGAUUUGUUCCUCCUGGAUUCUCGAAUAGCCUAUAUAAUUUCCUAAACAUCCCGCCAACCCUCUUCACCAAAAUCUCUUCAAAAUGCUCACAAGACUUUGGGUUAUUCUUGAAAUCGUUGAUAGCCUCUGCGAACAUUUUAGAGACAUGCAACAACGGUUGUCAGGAACGUCUCAAAGAUCACAGUUUUGCUUUGAAACAGCUCGACGCAUUUGGGAAAAUCCCAUCUGGAAUUACACAAUGGACUACAAUAUCCGAUGGGAGUUAUCAGGCUUGUAAUGAGGCAGACGGAGAGAAAUAUUCAACAAAUUAUUGCUAUCUGGUAUUGAUACCAGGGACGAACUCUACCUGUCCUAAUAUGUCCAACUUGUCGCAGAAAAUGACAGACACCUCCAACAUACUCUAUAGACUGGCGGUAUGUAUACCAAAAGCAUGCAGUUCAAGUGAUGUGGCUACAAUUUUCAACGCAGUCUCCCCUCUACCUUUCACAGCUUGCCAAACAUUUUGUGUCAAGAAACAUCAGAAUACAAGCGUUUGGUCCUGGCUUUUCCUUAUAUUCAUGACUGUCAUGGUUACUGUAACAACUAUUGGAACCGUCCUAGACUACUAUUUUGUGGACACCGACGACAAAGAUAUCCGAUUCAGAAUCCUUUGCUGUUUUUCUUUGUACUCCAAUUUCAAAACUAUUCUAUCUACUGAAUCUGUUGAAGGAAACAGUCGACUCAAAUCGGUAGAUUUUCUGAAAUUUUGGUCAGUGGUAUGGGUUAUCGUUGGACAUUCUCCUGUCAACUUUUUGAUGGGAGACACUGCUAAGAAGCUGGUCGAAUCUAGAAAAGAGCUCUUGACACAUUUCAUGCUCGACGCAUACUAUUCUGUAGACACAUUUUUCGUAAUUUCUGGAACAUUGUUGGGAUAUGGAAUGUGGAAGAACUCCAACUGCUUUCAGUUGGCGCGUUCUAGAACGUUUUGGAUCAAGCUCCUAGCUAGACGCUACAUACGUUUGAUGCCACCGGUGAUGGUCUUUAUUGGUGUAUUUGUGUUCAGCGCUCGGUUUAUUAGAGGGCCAACUAUUAUUUCUCUUUUUGAUAACAUGGAUAAGCAAACCGAGAAGUGUGCGGAUACAUGGUGGUUCAACUUGUUCAUGAUUCAAAACUUUUGGAGACCCUCUGAAAAUUGUUACGGAAUAUCUUGGUAUGUGGCUGCAGACUUUCAGUGUUUUGUCAUAGCCCCGCUCAUUGUGAUACCAUGGAUGAAGUCACAAAAACAAGGGAUGAGAUACUCCAUCAUCAUUUUUGUUGUUAGUGUACUCGCUACGUUCUACACAUUCAUUCGUCAUGGUCUACCUCCUUUCAACUAUGUCUUGAAAGGAAUGGAAGAGUACCUGACCUACGCCCACCAGAGUAGUUUUCUGAGGAUCCCUAAUUUUAUAUUUGGCAUCGUACUUGGAAAAGUUUUGGCAACUUAUAGCACUCCUGCGUCGCUUGCUUACAACAACAGUGGAAAAUUUUGGAUGCUCUGUUUCGCUUCGAUUUUUCUUUGCUUCUAUGGAAAACUUCAAGCUGUUGCAAAUAUUGGGGAGCCUGAAAUGAUGCCGAUGAUCUCCGUGGCUCAUCAUAUUUUUCAUAGGACACUGUGGACAUUUUCUAUUGUCUGGGUUAUCUACGCAUGUCAAAAUGACCUUUCACGGUGUUUUGCUACUUUUAUAAAUCACCGGUUCUGGCAACCAUUUGGAAGACUGACCUACUGUAUUUACAUCAUUCAUUGGUGGAUGCUAUACGUGGUGUUGAACCAAUCGGAUCGCAAAUUGCAUUUUGUGUCGCAAGGUCAAAUGUUGCUGACUGUAACCAUCCCUACUGUCGUUCUUUGCAUUCCAGUUGCUUUAUUGUGGAGUUCCGUUUUUGAAGUGCCGAUUGGAAGACUGGAGAAACUGUACUUUCUAUGA